UAUUGAAGCUCUCGUUGACUGCAGCAGUGUGAAACAAACUCCAAUAUCACUUGGUGCUUUCUUUCCUUGUAAUUUCCUUGUCAUUGCUUCAAGAUAAGCUUAGUUUCAAAGUAGAAAACUCAAAGAACAAAACAAUCUCAUUCUUCAGCUCCAAAACCUGACAAGGUAAGUGUUUCUUAUUUUGCUGCAAAUUGAAACAUUAUCUAAAUGACCAAAACUAGUUGUAGCAGUAGAAUUAUCAAACUCUUGUUGUUCAUUAUAUCUUUCUUGCAUGUUGGUUUUGCUCUUUCCUCUGAUGGAUUGACUCUGUUGUCACUCUUGACACACUGGACUUCUGUUCCUACCCUCAUCAGCUCAAGCUGGAAGGCUUCUGAUUCCAAUCCAUGCUCAUGGGUUGGUGUUCAAUGUGACCAUACCAAUAAUUUGAUUUCCCUUAACCUUACUAGUCAUGGAAUUUUUGGUCAACUUGGAUCAGAAAUUGGGAACCUUUACAAUUUGCAGACCCUUGUAUUGUCAGGUAAUGGUUUCUCAGGAAAAGUCCCUUUAGAGUUAAGUAACUGUAGUUUGAUUCAGUAUUUAGACCUUGAAGGUAAUAGAUUUAGUGGAAAUAUACAAUAUAGUUUUAUAAACUUGCAAAAUUUACAGUUCAUGAGAUUGUCUUCCAAUAUGCUCACUGGCGAAAUUCCGGAUUCUUUGUUUGAAAUUCCUUCCCUUAAAGAACUGAGCCUGCAUAGUAAUCUUCUUAGUGGCCCUAUUCCAACAAGUAUCGGAAACUUGACUCAACUAUUGAGGUUGUAUCUAUAUGGCAAUCAGUUGUCAGGGACUAUUCCUUCAUCCAUUGGUAAUUGCAGUAAAUUAGAGGACCUAGAAUUGUCUUUCAACCGAUUGAGAGGUGAAAUUCCGAACAGCAUUUGGAGAAUUCCAAGUCUUGUGAACAUAUUGGUUCACAACAACAGCCUCUCUGGGGAGCUACCUACCGAGAUGACAAACCUCAAGUAUCUAAAAAAUAUCUCAUUGUUUGAUAAUCAGUUCUCAGGAGUCAUACCUCAAAGUUUAGGAAUCAACAGCAGCAUAGUGAAGUUGGACUGUAUGAAUAACAAGUUCACUGGUAAUAUCCCGCCAAGUCUUUGCUUUGGAAAGAAUUUGUUAGAGCUCAACAUGGGAAUCAAUCAACUUCAAGAUGGCAUACCUUCGGAUGUAGGAAGAUGUGCAACUCUAAGGAGGUUGAUUCUCAACGAGAAUAAUUUCAGCGGCCCUCUUCCUAAUUUUGAAAGUAAUAUGAAUCUGAAAUACAUUGAUCUGACCAAGAACAAUAUCAGUGGAACGAUUCCAUCAAGUUUGGGAAAUAGCACAAAUCUCACAUACAUUAAUUUUUCAAGGAACAAAUUUGCAGGGCUCAUACCACCAGAACUUGGAAACCUUGUCAAUCUUGUGGUUUUGGAUCUUUCUCACAACAACUUGGAAGGUCCUUUGCCAAUUCAACUGUCAAAUUGUACUAAAAUAGAUCGUUUUGAUGUGGGAUUCAAUUUCCUAAAUGGCUCAUUCCCUUCAAGUCUGAGAAGUUGGACAAACAUAACUACAUUGAUUUUAAGAGAAAAUCACUUCACAGGAGGUAUACCAGGAUUUUUGGCAGAAUUUAACAACCUUCGUGAGUUACAACUUGGUGGAAAUUUUUUUGGCGGCAAAAUUCCUCAAUUGAUGGGAACAAUGCAUAAUCUGUUCUAUGGAUUAAAUCUUAGUGCUAAUGGAUUGAUAGGUGACAUUCCUUCAGAAAUUGGGAAGCUUGAACUGCUUCAAAGUCUGGAUAUAUCCUUGAACAAUUUGACAGGAAGUAUAGAUGCUCUUGAAGGUCUUGUUUCAUUAAUUGAAAUCAAUAUUUCUUACAAUCUCUUCAAUGGUUCUGUACCAACAGGUCUAACGAAGUUAUUGAAUUCCUCACCAUCUUCAUUCAUCGGUAACCCUCUCCUUUGUUUCAGUUGUUUGAGUUGCAUUGAAACUAGUUUUGUUAAUCCAUGUGUCUACAAAUCAAGUAAUCACAAAAGCAUCAGUACUGUUCAAAUUGUGAUGAUAGAACUUGGAUCCUCGAUAUUUAUUACUGUUGUGAUCCUAAUAAUAAUUCGAAUUUAUUUCCUCAAGAUGUCAUGUUCCCCACUGGUGAUGGUGUUGAAGGCUAUGGCUAAAUUAUACGAUUGCUAUAAUUUUGGCAGAGGAAUUGUGCAUAAAAGCCAGCAGGGCCGAGAAUCGGAAAUGGCGUCUGAUCUUAAGCAACAGUCUGAUAUUGAAAGAGGAGCUACACUUCGCCAACAGUCUUACAAUGAAAGAGGAGCUGCUCCGGCGUCCGAGUUUAGCAAAUGGUCCUAUUAUAUUGAAAAAGGAGUUGGAAGGAUUGGAGUCACAUAUGCUCGAGAAUUCAAUAUCUCAGGCAAAGAGAAGUUGCGUACCCUUAAGGAUGUAGUGUUGGAGGCUACUGAAAAUCUAAAUCAACGGUAUAUUAUUGGCAAGGGAGGACAUGGUACUGUGUACAAAGCCAUAAUUGGUCAACAGAUUUUUGCUGUAAAGAAGGUUGAAUUUGGACGGAACAAGAAAAAGCGGCUAAGUAUCAUACGUAAUGAAAUUGAAGUCCUUGGGAUGUUUAAGCAUCGAAAUUUGUUGAAACAUGCAGACUACUGGAUUGGUGAGGAAUAUGGUUUAGUCUUAUGUGAAUUCAUGAAAAAUGGAAGCCUUCAUGAUAUUUUGCAUGAAAAGAAACCACCACCACCGUUAACAUGGAAUGUUCGGUGUAAAAUAGCUGUUGGAAUUGCUCAAGGACUACUAUAUCUGCAUUAUGAUUGUGUUCCACGAAUAGUGCACCGAGACAUAAAACCAAAGAACAUACUUGUUGACGACAAUAUGGAGCCUAUCAUAGCUGAUUUUGGCACUGCCCUAUGCAAGAAGGUGUUUGAGGAUUCUAAUAGUCAUUCAACAAUCCGGAAAAUGCUUUCGUCACACGUUGUUGGUACUCCUGGCUAUAUUGCACCGGAGAAUGCAUAUGAUAUUGUGCCGGGAAGAAAGUCGGAUGUAUAUAGCUAUGGAGUUGUUUUGCUCGAGCUAUUAACCAGAAAGAAACUGUUAGUCCCGUCUUUGAAUGAUGAGGCAGAGGAUACCCCCUUAGUGAUCUGGGCUAGAUCUGUAUGGAUGGAAACAGGCAAAAUUGAGAAGAUUGUUGAUCCAUACCUUGCAAGUGAAUUUUCCAGUUCAGUAGCAAUAGCCAAGCAAGUUGCUGCAGUCCUUUCAUUGGCAUUCCGAUGCAUAGAGAAGGAUCCAGGAAAGAGGCCGAACAUGAAAGGUGUUAUUAGCAUUUAUAAUAAGAACUUGUUUAAGCUGAGGCGUGAUGAGGUUCAAUAUGCCGAUGUGCUUGCAAUUAAACUGAUGGGAAAUGGUAAGUUGCAGGCAGACAAGUUUGUUCGGAUAGCUUCUCUAAUUGUUCCAAAAAUAACCUAUUCUUCGCGUAGUUUAAUCUUCCUUUCCUCUAUCACUGGUCCAAUACUCACCAAACCUUUCAACUGGUUUUUCCUUUUACGUUGGGGUCAAUAUAGGCAUCUGCAGAAAUCCUUGUACUCACAGACCAAAUCAUACUACUCUAUAACUAUAAACACUGAUCAAACCGAGGCCACUGUCCAAAUUAGUGUAUAGUUGUGGCAAAAAUUCCAAAGGUAGGCGCCAAAAGCGAAUAGAGCACUUCAGAAAUUGAUGUGGAAAGAUGGUGGAUUGUAUGUGACAAUCAGGAUUAUUUGCCAAUUGUACUGGGAUUUAUGUGUACAAUAUGGUCCUAUUAGAAGGCCAUGUCAGCAUCCAUAGUUAACCAUGGUUCAUUAUCAAAUUUUGUCAACUAAUCCAAUCUUUAGUGCUGAUUUGUCAGUUUUGGAUUCAACAGUUUUGUUCCGGUACACAUGUACACUUCUUCCUCCAAGAAUUACAGUUGUUUCAUUUAGGCCAAACUUGAUGUGCGGCGUUGUUGGAGGAUUGCUUUCAAGCUUUUGAUCCAUAUACAAAAUUUUGGCACAUAGUGAGUUUUAAUCAUUUUUUGCUUCCAUUGUGAACUUGACUCUAGCAUGUUAUAAUGUUUUAUUGAAAAUACCAAUCUAAUUAGCAAAUUUAUCAUCCCUUUAUGUUGUUCUUUGGAAUAAGAUUGAAAAUAAUGUCCACUUGAAUUCUAACCCAACAACCCCUUCUUUCCUUUUACCUAUUAAUUUUCACGAUAUUGUUUCAUGUCACGUGUAACUUGGAAAUCUGGAAAACGGUAUAAUACAAAAUGAAGUUGCGAGGUAUAUAAUGGAACAUUAAUAUAUUAUCAGUUGCGAGGUAUAUAAUGUUCUUGUGAUAUCUGAGUUGGAUAUCAAAUUAUGGAUACAAGUAUAUGCCUAUAAUUUUAUUUUGAGACAGAGGAAAACACUUGCGCCUUCUAACUUGUGAUUUCUCCGAAGUACCUUAUGAAAUGCAUCGUAUGUUUGAUAAAGUUGUAUGUCGAGAGGUCGCUGUCAUGAAUAGAAUAAAGACUAAGAAGAUGAUUGCACAAUUACUCUAAAGUGUGAUUGAACACUGCUUUUUAAAAUUGGAUGCUAUAGGGUACCCGCAUAUCUCCUUCGUGAUAAAAUGGAGUUCAUGGAUAUGGAUUGCACAUACCCUAUAAAAGCCAAACUGAGAAAAAGCCAAACUGAUAUAAAAGAAUCAGGAGUUUGCAUUUCUGUUUAUCUGUUUACGGCAUUAUCGUAUUCUGCUGCUGCUGCUGCUGCGUGUAUUAAUUUUUUGUGCUGUUGGUGCA